AUGACAGCCCAGCGCCAAGCUUCUUCUGCUUCGCAGACGCCACACAUCUCCCCCGCCGAGCUCUCCUACCUCUACACAUCGCUCUCCCUCCCAGACACGCCAAUCCGGCCGGACGGGCGUUCACCAACCCAGCUCAGGCCUUUGUCAGCAGAGACAGAUAUUCUACCUGGCACGAACGGCAGUGCGCGAGUCGGUUUCGCAGAUGGCACGCAGGCGAUUGUGGGCGUAAAGGCAGAGGUGGAGAAGACUGCGCUUGGGGUCCAGGCUCUCGGUCAGGCGCAGCAGCAGGAUGAGGGCGGUAGUGAUGGGGGUGCUGGUGGGGGUCGCUCUGGGGGUGUUGGAGGGACUUCGGGGCAGGGAUCGUGGGUGCAGAUGGCGAUUGAGAUCCCGGGGUUUAGGGACGAUGAUGCCCUACCGGUUUUCUUGUCGGAGAUGAUGAGGGAGCCAUUGGUGGAAUCGGUUUCGGGUGGUGCGAAUGGGAAUGGGAAUGGGGAUGAGAUGGCGGGAGGGUUGAAGGGGAGGCUUGUGAUUAAUCGGAGGUGGCAUUGGAGGUUGUAUAUUGAUGUCUUGCUACUUUCCCAGCCACUAUCUUACCCUCUCCCUCUCUUAUCGCUCACGACUCACCUUGCGCUUCUCGCGACGAAGCUGCCGAAGCUGAAAUCGAAAGGCGAGGAAGACCCGUUCUUCGACGACGACUGGGAUGCCGCUGAAUAUUUGUACCCGCGGGUCAAAUCCACCAAGAGCUCUGUUCCAGGCUCUAUCCCGACACAUAAAGUUCGACCGCCUGUGACUCUGCUUGUCAUCUCCGUCGCAGAGAAUAUCAUCUUCGACCCAAGCCGCGAAGAGAUUGCUGUUGCGGACGCCGUGCUCGCAAUCUCAAUCACCCACGACACUGACUCUGGCCGCUUGAAACUGCUUUCGAUCCGGACGGUCGACCCUCCGUCUCGGCUUACGCAACCUGGGAUCCCGAACUCAGAGAACGUGGCUACUGUGAGUUCCACGGCUGCCGCGGAGGAGUCUGCUAUUAUCAAUCCUUCUACUGGUGAGGAGGAAGUUUCUGGUGUUUGGAAGCCGAGACGUGGUGGCGUGAAGAGAGUUACUAUUGCACGUAUGGUAAAGAUGGUAUUGGAGCAGGGAGGCGUUGGGGAGGAAGUCCUGGAGGGACUUGAGGGGGUGGAGGUUGGAUGA